ACUUUGCACUAACUUAUCUUUUCUUCGUCAAACUAAUUCACCACCUUAAUGGUGAACUACGAUUGACAUUUCGCAUAAGUUUUAUUUCCUCACAUCCUGGGGGGAGUUUGACACGAGUGCACACUUUUUGGUGGAGUUUCGCGUGAAAAAAAGCAAGUAAAAAUGUUUUCCGCGAUUAAUAACGCGGUCCGGGUGGCUACAAAACGGGAAACGGGCAAAUUCAUUUCCGGACUGGUGCAAUUUAAUCGCCAGUAUGCCGCCAAGACAGCUGCAAAGGCUGGUGCCAGCAAUGGGCGCGUUGUGGCCGUUAUCGGUGCCGUCGUCGAUGUGCAGUUUGACGAGAAUCUGCCACCAAUUUUGAAUGCGUUGGAAGUUGAGGGGCGUAAACCGAGACUUGUUCUCGAGGUAGCCCAGCACUUGGGUGAGAACACCGUACGUACCAUUGCCAUGGAUGGUACUGAGGGUUUAGUUCGUGGCAACAAAGUUCUCGAUACGGGAUCACCCAUUAAGAUUCCCGUUGGCGCUGAAACCCUGGGACGCAUUAUUAACGUCAUUGGGGAACCAAUUGACGAGAGGGGCCCCAUUGAAACUAACAAAUUUGCCGCCAUUCACGCUGAAGCUCCGGAAUUCGUGGAGAUGAGCGUCGAGCAGGAGAUUCUCGUAACUGGCAUUAAGGUUGUGGAUCUUCUUGCCCCCUAUGCUAAGGGUGGUAAGAUUGGUCUCUUUGGUGGUGCCGGUGUGGGUAAAACUGUGCUUAUCAUGGAGCUGAUUAACAACGUAGCUAAGGCUCAUGGUGGUUACUCCGUAUUUGCUGGUGUGGGCGAACGUACCCGUGAAGGAAAUGAUCUCUACAACGAGAUGAUUGAGUCUGGCGUUAUUUCGCUCAAGGACAAGACAUCCAAGGUAGCCCUUGUAUAUGGGCAAAUGAACGAACCCCCAGGCGCUCGUGCUCGUGUCGCUUUGACUGGACUCACUGUUGCUGAAUAUUUCCGUGAUCAGGAAGGACAGGAUGUAUUGCUUUUCAUUGACAACAUUUUCCGUUUCACCCAGGCCGGUUCUGAGGUGUCUGCCCUGCUGGGUCGUAUCCCCUCUGCUGUGGGUUACCAACCAACCUUGGCCACUGACAUGGGUAGCAUGCAGGAACGUAUUACCACAACCAAGAAGGGCUCCAUCACAUCCGUGCAGGCCAUCUAUGUGCCUGCUGACGACUUGACAGAUCCCGCUCCAGCCACCACUUUUGCUCACUUGGACGCCACCACUGUGUUGUCCCGAGCUAUUGCCGAAUUGGGUAUCUACCCAGCUGUAGAUCCCCUUGAUUCCACAUCCCGUAUCAUGGAUCCCAAUGUUAUUGGGCAGGAGCACUACAAUGUUGCACGUGGUGUGCAGAAAAUCCUCCAGGAUUACAAAUCCCUUCAGGAUAUUAUUGCCAUCUUGGGUAUGGAUGAAUUGUCUGAGGAGGAUAAGCUCACGGUGGCACGUGCCAGGAAAAUCCAGCGUUUCCUGUCCCAGCCAUUCCAGGUGGCCGAAGUCUUCACUGGGCAUGCCGGAAAAUUGGUACCCCUCGAGGAAACCAUCAAGGGCUUCAGCAAGAUCCUUAUUGGUGAAUACGAUCAUCUGCCCGAGGUUGCAUUCUACAUGGUUGGCCCCAUUGAGGAGGUGGUAGCCAAGGCAGAACGUCUCGCCAAGGAGGCCGCCUAAGUGGGUUUUAGCAAGUGUCACGGGCAUACACCUGUCCUCCCACCGGGGGUAUGUUACGUUACUACAAGCGCCACCCCUUAGUCCCGGAAUUUCACUUUUUAUUUUUAAUGUAUUCUCAAUAAAAGAUAGUUUAUCGAAGAAUGUUUCCUUCCCACAACAUUGUUCUUCAAUGAAAAAUUCUUCUUCAUGAAAUUAAUAAAGAGAGACAAAAUACGAACUUA